CUAACAAAGCUAAAAGUUGGUCGGACGUAAUACUGAUAAAAUGUCAGCACUGUGGAAGUGCUUUUCACGUUGUCGACUACCUGGGUUAGGCAGGUACUGUUUGUCGAGUAGCGGAGAUGAUUGGGGCGCUAAAUUACCCCACAGCUUAGGUAGUCUUCGUCAUUCCAUUACCUCCAACCAUCACGUCCAUCCAGGGACCUUUUCUAUCUUGACUACGUACAGCAUACUGUUCUUCCUUCUCGAAUACCCCAAAGCUAUUCUGUAACAUAUCCCCAGGCAUCCUUGACAUCUGCGGCCUCUAAUCCAUGGCGUCCUGGCACCACGGCAUUAGCUAGCUAGACAUAAAUUUGUCGAUACAUGAUGGAGUAUGGAUCUCCACACCAGUACGGCUGAUGACAAUCAGACGGGUCAAACCAGUCGAUUGCAGUGCCAGGAAUGCCAACAGACAUUUGGUCGUGUUGAACACUUGACUCGGCACUCACGAAGCCACGCAAAGGAGCGCUCGCUGAAAUGCUCUUACUGUCGAAAAGGAUUCUAUAGAAUGUAUGUACAUUUGAAUGGACCUUUCGAAUUCUCGACCGACGGGAAUGUCGCCUGACGUGCUUACAAAUUCUCCCAUCUACCACGUGACCUUCAGUUGCUGAGCCUUUUCUUUAGAGAUGCGUUGAGACGGCACGAGCAAGUACAUAAAGAACCGAAACGAAGCGCUCUUGGAAAAGGUGCUCGAGCGUGUCUUCCUUGCGCGAAUGCUCGGAGAAAAUGUACAGGAGAAUCACCUUGUUUGGGUUGCCAGAAACGCUCAUUAGAGUGCCAGUAUCCAGCCUCAGGACGUCGGGGCACGACCUCAACACUGCCACAUGCAAACGGCAGCUUGAGCUCGCCAGGGGAUGAGGUCUCACCACUGUCACCCUUUGACCAACGUACAACCAACUCUCACGAGUCUCCAAUGUCUUGGUCAAAUACAUCCGGCUCUCCAGGCCAAGUCCAAGGAUCGCCAAGUCACGCAGAUCCUUCCCAGACUUCCUCUGGAGUAGAGCAACUCAAUUCGUUCUCUUCUGAAGCAAAUCCCUUACAGAAUCAAGACUCGAUCAGGACAGAAGAAAGGAAUAUUUCCCAAGAUAUUGACUCGCCAGAUUAUCCCAGAAGGCAGCAGCUUACUGAUGGAGGUCAAAUGUCUAGAUCUCGAACUUCAGGCUCUGAGUUUCAUCAGUUACAUCCCCUACAGCAUUCAGUCAGCUUGAAUAAUGCAAACUCAGAUCAGCUUACUACACCUUGGCUCAACAAUUUCCAAUCCAUAAACUGGCUCCCUGAAGACUGGAAUCCAGACUUCCACAUGAAUGGAGAGAUAUUGGGAUCAUUAGACCAUAACCAUGAUAUCCCGUAUACAGACCAUGUUCCAUCCAGCUAUCAACAACCCCCCAGAACGUUUAGUUUGAGCCACUCUCAGGCUCUACUAAAUCACAACCACAUAUCUCCUCGAACUGCAGAUCUUCAUGAAGUGUCGAGCCCAGGAUCACAAAGCACCCAGUCUGCCGGCCGAUUCUACGUUGACGGAGAUGGUGCCCGACUCCCACGAGUUCGAAGAGCGCCGUAUAGACAAUCAGAUACAAACUCUCGUGAUGCCUCAAACGGCACUUUAGUGUCAUCAUCCAUCCUCAUGUUCCCGGACUUGGGCCAGAUCCCCACGGGCGAUGGAAAUACAACCACCAGGUCUUUCGACGAGCUUCCUAUAAGCGUAUACGAUGAGAUAACGAGGAUUUAUCAUCUUUCUUGUGAAUCAUCGACAAUGUUUCCGAACUUUUAUGGUGAUUCAUUCCCGUCAUCUCGAGCUCUCAGUUAUUUUGUACAUCUAUUUACGCAACACUUUCGUCCGUCACUACCGUUUCUUCAUCCAGCAACGUUUGACAUCUCGAGCACUCAUUGGCUCCUAACAUUGGCGAUGUCUGCCCUCGGCAGUCAAUACGCUGACAACGAAUCGUCUGGCGUUCUUGUUGUUGCUAUGCAUGAGUUUGUCAGGCGUGCAAUAAUGAUGGCGAUUGAGCUAGAUGGUAGCUCAAAGCCUGGAGUGCUGGUCUUGGCGCAAGUGAAGCUGCUGAAUUGUGUUGGAAUGAUGUAUUGUGGCGAUGAUCGACUCCGAACAUUGGCAAGAGGCUACCACAGUGAUUUAGCGGCAUUUUGUACAGUGCAUUGGGCAGGUCCCUCCGUUGCAGCCACUUCAAAGUAUCCAGAGAGGACCGAACAAGUAGAUCAAGAUUGGCAAACAUGGAUACAAACAGAAACGAUACGGAGGACAGGGUAUUGCAUCUGGCUUUUGGACUGCAUGUGGUCUUUUCAUCUCCAGAUGCGGCCUAUUCUGAAACUUGAAGAUGCCAAAGUUCCAAUACCAUGCCAGGAAGUACUGUGGGAAGCUGAAUCCUCCCUAGAUUGGGAGCAACUUUAUGCCUGUGCCGCACCAAGUGUCUCUCUUCAUGACACCAUAAAGCUUACCUACGUCGAGAAAUACCUUCGGUCCUCCACUGGAGAAUUCAGUCGGAUUCUUUGCGUGCAUGCUCUUUUCCACAGAACUUGGGAAGUUGAAAAGUAUUUAAAGCAGCCCCUCACUCUCUGGACUCCAACAGCAGAAAAGCAAAGCUUGCAAGUAAUUGAAAAACAUAUUCCCAUUUGGCUUCCGGGUAACUCAAUAUACUCGAAGUGGCGGAACUCGGCAUGCGACUGCCUUGACGUAUUGCAUUGGCAUGCGAAUAGCGUCAUAGGCGCAGCAUCAGGGAUGGAACAUCCGACUGUUUUGCACCUCCACCUAGCGCGAGUCAUCUUACUGACACCAAUUCAAUCAAUCCUCGAAUUGACAAAACUACUGACAGACGCCUCAAAACUAGCGGAAGAUGUCCAGGUUAUGACACUGAGAAAGUACGUCCAACGCUGGGCACUCGAAGAUCAACACAAAGCAAGACUUGCUGUCAUACAUGCCGGUGUUCUCUUCUGGCAUGUCCGUCGCUACUCCUCUGACGCAUUCUACGAAUCGUCCUCUGUAAUUCUUGCAACGCUAGCCCUUUGGGCAUACGGAACCUUCGCACCUCACACUUCUCCAAAGCAGGCUGCUAUCAACGAUUCCACAACUCCCAAUAGCGCGCCGCAAGACUCCGAUCAAGAUGCGGAAGCUACAUCACUCUUUCCGACGUCAAUUCAGCUUGACCGUCCUGCUGAUGACGAAUUAGUCCAGCUGUUUGUUAAAAGAGGUCAAAGUAUGCGUGCGAAUAUCACUGGUGUGGGAAACCUGUGUAGUGCGAAAGGCCCUUUGCGUGUACUGAAUGAGGGGCAGAACCUUCUGAAGGGAUUGAAGGUCUGGGGUGAGAGUAAGAAAGGUAUUGAUAGGUUACAGAAGUUGAGUGAUGUGUGUAUGCAAGAGCGAGAUGGAGGGAGAGUUGGUUGAAGCAUGUUUAUGAGAUCAUGUGUGGGAAGCAUGCAUCUAUUAUGUAAGGGUUCGAGCUGGACUGUACCAAUUUCUUCCAAUCCUGAAAUAGAGCUGCUAGAUGGACUAUAUAUAGUAUUUACAAUUCCAGGAGCAGCUAGAUGUCUGUAAUGGGUCAUUUUUGUAUGUAAAUGGUUUAUUGCAGGGUUUGUUUACUUCAUGUGGAGCUUGUUUACUUUAGCGAGAUCCGUCAUAUAUCUACCAUUUGGACGAUUGGAAACGACUGACUGGCAAUAGUAUCAGCUUACAUGCUAUUAAAUUACUCAUAG